UUAAAAAGGAGACACAAAGAGAAACCUGAGUUGGAGGUAGCCGUAAAAUGUAUUAACAAGAAAAAUCUUGCAAAAUCUCAAACUCUGUUGGGGAAGGAAAUCAAAAUACUUAAGGAACUGAAACAUGAAAAUAUCGUUGCCUUGUAUGACUUCCAGGAACUGGCAAACUCUGUCUACUUGGUUAUGGAGUACUGCAAUGGUGGUGACCUGGCUGAUUAUCUGCACACUAUGCGGACGCUUAGUGAAGAUACCAUCAGGCUCUUUCUUCAGCAGAUAGCAGGUGCCAUGAAAAUGCUACACAGCAAAGGUAUCAUCCACCGGGAUUUGAAGCCGCAAAAUAUUCUCCUUUCUUUUGCUGGAGGCAAGAAGUCCAAUCCUAACAACAUUUAAAUAAAGAUUGCUGAUUUUGGAUUUGCCCGCUACCUGCAAAGCAACAUGAUGGCAGCAACAUUGUGUGGCUCACCAAUGUACAUGGCCCCAGAAGUCAUUAUGUCCCAACACUAUGAUGCCAAAGCUGACCUCUGGAGUAUAGGAACUAUCAUUUACCAGUGUCUGACAGGAAAGGCUCCCUUCCAAGCCAGUAGCCCUCAAGAUCUUCGUCUCUUCUAUGAGAAAAACAAGAUGCUGAUGCCCAACAUCCCAAGGGAGACUUCCAGCCAUCUGAGGCAUCUGCUAUUGGGUCUGCUGCAGCGCAAUCAUAAGGACCGCAUGGACUUUGGUGAGUUUUUCCAUCACCCUUUCUUGGAUGCAAGUGCCUCUAUGAAAAAAUCUGCUUGUGUGCCAAUGCCUUCUUAUCCAAGCUCAGGCUCUGGUAGUUCCUCCAGCAGUUCUUCCACUUCCCACCUGGCCUCGCCUCCCUCCUUAGGAGAGAUCCAGCAGCUGCGGAAGAAGUCUCUGGUGUCUCCUGCCCAGGACUCCCCUGGUUUUCUGCAUGGGUCUAAGGACUCUGCUGAAAGUAGCAGUAAGAAUUCCUCCUGUGACACAGAUGACUUUGUUAUGGUCCCAGCACAGUUGUCAGGUGAUAUAACUGCUGAGGCAGCAGGAGGGAAACCCAUCCAGGACAGCCUCAUGUACAGCGAGAGCUCACUGGUAACUUCAGCAGCUGUGGAAAGCCGGGGAAGAACACCCUCUCCUUCACCCCCUUACAGCACUUCUCCCAGCCCGGCAAGGUCAGAAGGAAGAUGCCAGCAAGGCCAGUUGUCCAGCAGCAAGUACAAGCACUCUGUCCCCAUCCCAGUCCCAACGCAAAUCCACAAUUACCAGCGGAUUGAACAGAACCUUCAGUCUCCCAAUCAACACACUUCGCCACAGUCUGUCAAAAUACGAAGAUCAAGCAGUACAAGCCCUCUUGCUUUUGCUAAAAUUGGUGCUUCCCCUCCUUUGUCUGGAGAGCACAGAGCUAUAACCUCCCCCAGAAGGCUCUCCUUUGGCGGUGCUAAGCCUUACACACCAUCCCCACAAGUUGGAACAAUUCCAGAUCAGCCUGGCCAGACACUGUUCUUCUCCCCACCUGGAGCAGAAAUAAGAAGCAGGAUCCCCAUACCUGGUUCCUCCGUGGCUGACCACUCUUCCCGAGGGAUGGGCUGCCGGCUUCCCAGCGCUCCCAAUCUGUCGGACUUGCAUUCCCGCCAGCAGAAGAUUACCAAGCAGCAUUCCGACCCUCUGGUUACUCGCUUUGGCCACACUCCAGCCAGCCAGCCUCUGCAGGUUCAUGGCUUUCAACCCUGCCGACAGCUGAGGUCUUCACCAAAGCUGUCUGAAUUCAUGCAGAGAAGUCCCUUGCCAACUAUCCUGGGCUCCCCUACAAAGGCUAUGUCCCCUUUUGAGUUCUCCAAAACACCCAGUUCCCAGAAUCUACUCACACUCUUGGCCCAUCAAGGAGUUCUGAUGGCCCCAACACGGAACAAGACUCUGCCAGAACUGAAGGAAAUGGAACAUUUUCAUUGCCAACAGGCCGGCCUGGGCAUGAGGCCGGUGGAAGAGAUAAAGGGCAGGUCGCUGAGCACUGGCCGCCUUACUGACCUGCUUCUCAAGGCUGCCUUUGGGGCCCAGAUCUCAGAAGCUGGCAGCAAUGACAGCCUGAACAAUGAGAAACCAAUGGAGAUCACAGCUCCCUCUGUAGCUUAUGGAGGAAACCUAUGCUGUGGGGCUAGGACUGUGGGUUCGGGGAACCCAUCUCCAGUGAUCUUCACAGUUGGAUCCCCUCCCAGUGGGACAACACCACCACAGACCAUGAGGACCAGGAUGUUUUCAGUGGGGUCUUCAAGCUCUCUGAGUUCAGGAGGCUCAUUCAGUGGCAGACACUUCUUAGUAGGAGCCGGUGGGGAUACCAUGGACGCUCCAUCUAGUCUCCUGUGUACUUUUGUGGAUCCCAUAGCAGCUAAUCUGGAAGGGGCAGUUACAUUUGAGGCACCAGAGCUGCCUGAAGAGACACUCAUGGAGCAAGAGCACACAGACAUCUUGCGCAGCCUGCGCUUCACACUUGCCUUCGUCCACUACGUGAUGGAAAUCGCUGCCCUCAAAGGAAGCACCAGUGAGAUGAGCAGUUCAGUGGCCUCCGAGUACCAGCUUCAGGAAAGUGUGGUGGCUGACCAAAUCAGCCUUCUCAGCAGGGAAUGGAGCUAUGCAGAGCAGUUGGUCCUGUAUCUGAAAGUAGCAGAGCUGCUGUCUUCAGGCCUGCAAACAGCCAUAGAACAAAUCAAGGCAGGCAAGCUGUGCCUCUCCUCCACCGUCAAACAAGUUGUGAAGAAGCUGAAUGAGCUUUAUAAAUCCAGCGUGUCGGCCUGCCAUUCUCUGAACAUGAGACUCCAGAGAUUCUUCUUGGAUAAACAGAAGCUCAUGGAUCGGAUCAACAGCAUCACAGCAGAGAAGCUCAUUUUCAGCUAUGCUGUGCAGUUGGUGCAGUCUGCAGCCCUGGACGAGAUGUUCCAUCACAAGGAGGACUGUGCAGAGAGGUAUCAGAAGGCUGUGCUGCUAAUGGAGGGGCUCUUGCACAUCGUAACAGAGCAGGGAGACAUCGAGAACAUCAGUAAAUGUAAGAUGUGUGUUGAACGCCGGCUGUCAGCUCUGUUUUCAGGGAUCUGUGCAUGAUUUAAAAAGUGCUGCUCGCCACAACCCUCACGCCAGCCAAUCACAUUCAGUUUCCAAUCGCCCUCUGUCAUGGUGGAGAAGGAGUCUGGCUAUGGAGGACCUGGCAAACAAACUGCUUGAUUUUAUUUGUUGUCAUCAGAAAGGUUUUCCACAGCAAGAAUUUGGAUUCUGUUGUUGAGGACAUAGACAGCAGUGAUUGCAAGCACUUUUCCAUCAUAUAUACUGGGGAAUGACGUAAGAGAGUUGCAGGACUUUUCCCUCUCUCAGGGGAGGGGGCAAAUGAUACAAUUUUCCUUUCUCUCACUUCUCCUUCAAAGGACAAGUCUGCUACCUAGCCCUCCCACACAGAGCAGGAGUGUUCUAGUGCUGCAUCCAUUGCUGGCAGUGGAUGUGCUGAAACACUGAGCAGGAAGUUUCAGGUAAACUGUUAAUGCGAGCUGAGAAGGGUAUAAUUCAAGGCCAGUUGCUUACAGUACUUUUCCAAUCCCUGCUGAUAGCCAAGCACUCAGGAACUUUCUACUGACCUGCAGCUGCUCCUUUCCAUGCUUGCCCUUCUAUAUGUCAUGCCACGGAGCACUUCCUGUGCGGUGGAGAGGAGUAACAUGGGGAAGUUGGAUCUCUCUUUUCCAGGAGCAAUACUGAAGACAGCUGCAACCUUCCUAAAGGCUUCCUGGUUAAUGCUGGAACCAUAUCACCACUGGAGAGGCUCCCUGCACCAAGCCCAAGUAGGCUGUCAGAUCCCUACAUGGAUGGGGAAGCAACAAAGGAAAAGCAAAUUGUGUAUAUAUAUCUAUAUAUAUAUAUAUAUUUAUAUCUAUAUAUAUAUAUAUAUUUAAAAACAACUCUAGCAUUACAAGAAACCAAGAUGAUUUUCCCCCUGGUGGGGUCGAUAUCCUAGACCCUUGAC